AUGGCGGACCGUGUAGGCGAAAGGGAUGAUGCGGCGUUUGGCGCCUGGGCGAGGCUGUCCGGCGCCCUGGCGGGGGCCCCGGCCGGAUUCUCCCUGAUCAAACAUUGCCCCCUGGGCUGGGCGCCGCCCACAAUCGCGCGCCCCCCCUGGCGCGUUCCGGCGUCCACGGUCUUGUGCAGGGACUCGAACGGCGUCGCGGCGAAGGGGGGGAUCGCGCGGGGCGCCUUGAGGGCGAUGAUGCCGUCCGUGUGGUUCGCGGCCUGCACGCCGUACACGUGCCUGGAGGGGACGAUGGCGAGGCGGGGCGCGCUGGCGGGCCAGGCGGUGGACUGCAUGCUGGCGGUGGAGGCCAGGCGGGCCGGGAACGGGGCCGAGAGGAGCGGGAACGGUGGGACAGGAUUUGGGAUGGGGAGGAUCUCUGCAGGCAUGGCGGCGAGGAGCGGAGAGAAGGGGGAGAGCUGGUGCAGAGAAGGAAAAAAAAUCGAGGCGGACAAGAUGAUCGAGGGGGAGAAGGGAGGGAGGGCGAGGGCUGGGAGGAGGCUGGAGACGGCCGGGCGGCUGGCGGCGGGGAUCGCAGCCGACCAGAUGCCCUGGGCGCUGCGGGCCAGCGCAUGGCUGCUGUCGCACGUGUUCAAGCUGCUGUUCGGGGGGGAGAUCUACGUGGACGCGGCGGCGGUGGAGAGGGCGAGGGCGCUGCAGGAGAGCCACACGCUGGUGUGGGUGCCCACGCACAAAACGCACGCGGACUACAUGAUCGUCAGCUACGUGCUGUUCUCGAUGGGCCUGACGUGCCCGCACAUCGCGGCAGGCGACAACCUGAACCUUCCAUACUUGGGCCUAUUCCUGCGCAGACUGGGGGCUUUCUUCCUGAGGAGGACCAUCCGGGGUUCGCCCGACAGCGACAUCUACAAGGGCGUUCUGGCAGGGUAUGUGGAAGCGCUGCUUACCAAUGGACACCCAAUCGAAUUCUUCAUCGAGGGAGGCAGGACCAGGGACGGCCACAUCAACAAACCCAAACUCGGUAUACUGGGGUAUGUACUGGCGGCCUUCCUGGAUGCUAGCCUGCCAAAGAACGGUAAUGUUGCCAUCAUUCCUGUGGACAUUGCUUGCGACCGAGUCCUUGAAGAGAAGAGCAUGAUUUCCCAGCUCAUGGGAAAGCCCAAGCCUCCCGAGUCCAUCUGGGGUAUGCUGUCAAGCCUGUUAAAAAUCUGCUUGAAACCACUGAGAUUGUGGUCAGGACAGACACAUUUUGCAGGCCAGGGAGGGCUCUGCGGCGUGGCGACUGUGUCCAUUGGCGAUCCAAUCUACCUGGGUUCGUUUUUCAAGGAAUAUACCCAAUCUCGCAACAACUCUCACAACACAGCUGGCCAGGCUGUGGACUUGCACAAAGCCCUGCCAUGGGGCAGCGGCGAACGAUCCUGCGCAUUGGAGUCCCUUGGGAUUGCCGUGCACCGUCGUCUCUUGGAUUGCCGCAUUGUUCCCUCGUCCUGCCUUGUGGCCUCAGCAACAUUGUUGAUAGCGCUCAGGAGGGAGGCUGCUGGAGAUACGGCAGGCUGGAUAUCCUUUUCAGAGGUGCAUGAGGCAGGGGUUUGGCUUGAAGAGAGGGCAGCAGCCCAGGGGGGCCGAUGCAUGAGUUUGAGUGGCCACCGGUUCCAGGCCAAGGCAAUGCAGCGGUCAAUGCAAGCAACUCUGUCUCUUAUGUCCUUGUCAGCAGAGUGCCAGUAUGCUGGGGAUGAACCUGGUAUAGUUCUGAAGCCAGGAGCAGAAUCCAUGCUGGCAAUGUACUCGAGGGUGACGCAGCUGCUGCCCUUCAUCGCCCCUCAGUGCUUGGUGUCCUGCGCCAUGCUGUGGGUUCUGCAGGGUGGCUCUCAGCGCGCGGGCUCCCCCAUGGCCUCCAAUAUCACCGAAAGCAGCCCUGCUCCCCCUGUGUAUGUGAAAUUCUAUCAGUGCGCAGCGUGGUGCAACCGGGAGCACGUUGUGCAGGCAGCACUGUGGCUGCGCGCCCUGCUGGCACCCGAGCUGGACUUGCUGCUGACGGAGAGUGGUUUGAAAACGGCAGAGAGCCUCAGCCAGGUGCUUGAUUCCAUGGUGGCAGAGGGCACUGUGGCAAGGUGGGAGCCAGGGUGUGUCCAGAAAGAAGCCAUGGCAGGCGUCGUGUUGAAUGGGUCGCAUUCUGGAGUGGAUUCGCUAGUGGUAUGUCAAAACACUGGUGCUGAAGCUGUGGACGAUUCGGUGGGCGCCGUGUGGGAGCGGGCAGAUGAUGUUGUGGGAGGCGAUGGGGAAGGGGCGGAGCGGAGCAGUGGCAGUGGGGGACUGGUGCCGAACCUUUUGUGGAGCAUGGCUAGCGAUGGGACAGGGAGCAAUAGUGGGGAAGGCAGCAGAGACGGAUCGCCCAGGAUGUGUGAAGCACCAGCUUUGUCGUAUGCACACCUUUUGAGUCCGGUUGUGUCCACGUAUGUCUUGGCCAUGGGCGUGGUUCUUGAAAUGUUGGGAGAUGGGAGCCAUGCGAGCACUUCAGAGAAGGAGCUUUCCAGGGCCAUUCAGGAGCGCCUGAUGUCGAAGGUUGAGUCAGGUCAGGCACGCGUUGUGCCAUCAGUGACUUUGAUAAAGAGGCUGUUGCAUUCGCUGCUGAAGGAUUGCACCCUGGAUGCGUGCCAUCUCAGCAUGCCUGCCCCCAUGCUGGUCCGAGUAUUCGACACCAGCAACUCCCCCAGGCCGCCCUUGCACCAGCGGUCUGAAAGUGUACUGUCAGACAUGUCCUCCAUGUUCAAAUUCCGCGAGGAAGGCGAGCCGACCAGGGAGCAAGAUGGUGCUGCUUCUCAAGAACAGCCAGCCAGCGAGGCCAGCAAAGCCCAACUGCAGACUAAGCCCAAGGAGCCCUUGUGGCUGAUGGCAGCCUGUCCAGAUGACGUUCAGAGCUUGUUGGAGCAGCUCAGCCUCUUCACUGUGCAGAGAGGAACACCGUUUUUGGAACUGCAGCAAGUGGGGUGCAAUGAGGCAUAUGCACGUUCUCCUGAGCCGCCAAGGGAUGGCUUCCACUGA